GUGAGUCCGGGGUCAAUGUGUAUUACAGUUGAAAAGCAAGGUCCUUCCUGGCUUUGGAGUCACACCUCGUUAGCAGGAGAGACCGAACCCCUCACACUCACUAAUUGUCCGUUUGCAUAUUCCACUCUAAUAGGCUGCACAGGGGGUUGGGUUUCCAUUAUAUUGAGGCUGCCUCGAUGACCGCUGUUCCACUCCCUGCUGACGGUGUGCCAUGUGCUCUAGACUCGGAGCUUCGCUACUGCUCCUCCUCAUAUUUCUGCGGCCGAAUUGCGCCGCAAGUCUGCCUGGCCACAACCAGCAAGUCCGCUCCCAGGCACUAAAGAGGCUGCUAGAGGUGUUCGGGAUGGUGGAUGCCCCGCAGUCCCCUCACAGAGUCCGCCAGCCCCCUCAGUAUAUGCUGGACCUUUACAACGCAGUGGCAGACGUGGACGGAGUGACUAAGCAACCCGAUCUACUGGUGGGAAACACGGUGCGCAGCUUCCUGGAUAGAAGUCGCAGUCAGCAACUCCAGUUCUUUUUCAACCUGUCCAGUGUGGCUAAAAGCGAAACCAUUCUUUCCGCUGAGCUGCAUCUGUUCAAAUUGAGAGGUCGGCUCUUUCGGGACACACUGCACCACAGGCAACAUUUCUGUCAGGUCAGUGUCUACCAGAUACUGGACAGUAGUAACACAUCUACAGCAGAGGGACAACGAUUGCUGUCAUCCAGAGUACUAGCAGUCCAUGACAGCACGUGGGAGGUCUUCACAAUCACCCAGGCUGUGUACACAUGGACACACGAUAAAAAGAGCAACAAGGGCCUGAUGGUCAUUGUGCAAACUCUGGCCGGGCAGCAGACAAAUAAUCAUUUUGUCCGCUUUGCCACAGCAAGAGACCAUCACAGCAGCAAGCAACCAAUGCUGGUCCUCUUCACAGAUGAGGAGAGGAGAGGAAUUACUACUUCCUCGUCAUUAAAAGAUAUGGGCACAGAGAAUCCAUUUAUCUCUCACAGAAUUCUUCAGAACAAAGCAAGCCAGAACCGGAACACAAGGUCUUUACAUUUCCAAGGAUGUCAGAGACAUCAUCUAUAUGUAGACUUUGAAGAGAUUGGCUGGUCUGGUUGGAUUAUCUCCCCUCGAGGGUACAAUGCUUAUCAUUGUAAAGGAGCAUGCGUCUUCCCACUGGGCAAAAAUAUGAGACCUACCAACCAUGCCACUGUUCAGUCCAUUAUCAAUGCUCUUAAGCUAGCCAAUGAUGUAGCUUCUCCGUGCUGUAUCCCAGACAAACUUUUCUCCAUUAAUCUUCUCUAUUUUGAUGAUGAUGAAAAUGUGGUCCUGAAACAGUAUGAUGACAUGGUUGCCGGAAGCUGUGGGUGCCAUUAACCCAUUACCAACCCCUCAUUCAGAGGUGUUCAAGGCAAGGAACCAUCACCAUGGCAGUUUUGCAUAUGACUGGUUCCUGAGGUGAGAAACCGGCAUCCUCAGGAGAUCUGGAAGCAAUGGGAUCAAUAGCAAUCGUUUCAAAAACCCCAUACCAUGCAAGUAAAGUGUUGGUUUGAAAAAUGGAUUUAAAAAAGUCACUCCCUAAAGUAUGCAGACUACAGAUGGAGUUGUAAAAUGUGCAUGUGUACAUAAUGUUAUUGAGAUGUAUUAAUAUAUCAAGGUCAUGAGUAAUUCUGGCAUUGAUCAAUGUAAAUUGAUGUAUUAUACAGAAUAAAUAAAUAUAGCAUAACAGGAUUGGGUAACUUCACUUACAAACUUUCAAACAAAAAUGAAGUAUGAAUAAACAAUAUGAUCUCUGUCUUGUUUCAGUUAUCUUCUUUCAAUAUUUCACAUUCCUUCACUGAAGUUAUCUUGUCUCUUUCCAACC